CCGACGCUGGGCCCAGAGCGGCCCCCGCGCUCCGCGCUCGGGUGCCCGGCUCCCCAGGUAGGCCCGCGCCCGGGGAGCCUAGGACCUCUGAGGACAUCUCGGUCCUGACCUUGCAAAGGCCAGUAUCAGCUGCGCCCUCGGGGGACCGGUCAUUUUGUAGGACUCAAAGCCUCCUAAGUCAAGGGACCCACGCUUCUGGCUGGAGUUUGCUGGACACUUCCAUCCCACCUCCCGACGGAGACUUCCUAUUUCGUGAACUCUCCUGGGGCAGCAGUUUAAGACUUCUCAGAGACCAGAGGACCGAAGGACCCUUGGCCACCUUCCUUCUUUCCUUUUCUGAUGGAGAAUCGCCUUCCCUGUUUCUGGGGCACCUUGGGGCGUGGUCUUGGAGACAGACCACUUGCCACACUGGAGGCUGCCUAAGGGAAGUGGGGAGCUCCUUCUGAAUUCAAAUAGGAAGACAUCACUAAGCAGAUACCUGUUCUGAAUCCGAACAGAUUCUGGCUUCUGAGAAGACCCUCAGUCUAACCAGUGCUAGGAAGCACUCCCAGAUUUGGGGGAGGCUCGUUACAGCCAUGUUCCUCCAACGACUUGGUGGCUGGCUACCUCGCCCUUGGGGCCGGCGGAAACCAAGGAAGCCGGACCUGCCUGCCCCAGAACCCAGAUGGGUGGACAGCUCCCCAGAGAAUUCGGGGAGUGAUUGGGACAGUGCCCCAGAAACUAUGGGAGAUGUGGGACCUCCCAAGACAAAGGAGUUGGGGCCACUAAGGAGCUCCAGGGCUGCUCGAGAACCAAGCACUGAGCCCCAACUUGAGCAACUAGGAAACAAAAGAAUGGAGUCCCUCAAGUCAGACAAGACUAUCUGGAGCAAUCAAGAGUCUGGGAGACUAGAGACUGGAGGAGCCAUUCCAAAACUGGGAUGGGAUGCUGUGGAUUCAGGCGGCUCCAGGAGACCUGAGUUGUCCGAUGAAGGGGGAUCAGGUUCCCCUGGGCCAGAAGUGCCAGUGGAGAAACCUAGUCGGCGUCAGAAACUGAUGGGCUGGCUGCGCGGAGAACCAGGGGCUUCCCCACGGUACCUGGGGGACCUGGAGGAAUGUCUGCAGAUCUCCACCAACCUGACCCUACACCUGCUGGAGCUGCUGGCCUCAGCCCUGUUGGCCCUGUGUUCUCGGCCACUGCGGGUAGCCUUGGAUGCACUGGGCCUUCGAGGACCAGUAGGCCUUUGGUUACAUGGGCUGCUAACCUUCCUGGCUGCCCUGCAUGGGCUCCAUGCUGUGCUGAGCCUACUUACAGCCCACCCCCUACACUUCGCCUGCCUCUUUGGCCUCCUGCAGGCUCUGGUGCUGGCUGUCAGCCUCCGAGAGCUCAAUGGGGAUGAGGAGGUCACUGAUUGGGAGGGCAAGGAGUUGGGAAGGGAAACAGAGGAGCAGAGGGGAGGCUCAGGAAAUGGGCUGUAAGUGUGGGGUGAGGUGGGGGCAAAGGGCGAAGAUGGCGUGGCCUUUGGAAGAGUAGAGAGACUCGGAUUGUAAGCACAGGGACCUCAGGGAUGGGGCAGAAGCCCUACAAUAUGAGGGCACGGCCCCCCCUUCAUACCGUGAAACAUAGCUGUUUAGGGUAUCCUUUUAUGGACAUUGGGGCAUUGCCCUCAGAUUCACCAGCUCGCUACUUUUUGCUUUUACAUAUCUCCCACCUAUGGUUUUUAUUUCCACCUCCAGUUUUUUGUUUUUUCCACAUCCACUUUUUAACAGUCAAAAGUAAAUAAAUAAAUAACGUGAUGGUGGAGAAUAAAAGCCAAAGGGUUAUUUUUACCUUUCCAAACUCUCCAGAGGUAAAAGAGACCAGAGAUGGGGCAGAGAUCUCUGCACUGAGAGGGUGAAUGGGAGUCAUAAAAUGUCUCUGGAUCCUGGGCCCAGGACCAUCUAGGAAGUGGGGCUGCUAGGUGGGUGGAUUAAGGAUUUUGGAAGGGGCUAGGCACUGGUGGUUCAUGCUCAUCCUAGCUUCUCACGAGGCUGAGGUCGAAAGUUUUGGGUUUGAAGCCAGCCCAGGCAGGAAAGUCCCUGAGACUGUUAUUUCUAGUUAACCACCAGAAUGCCAGAAAGGAGCUCUAACUCAAUUAGUAAGAGCACAGUUUCUUGAGUGAAAAAGCCAAGAACACACCUACAGGCACACACCCACACACAAAACUUCUGAAAGGGGUCAAAGGUGACAGGGAGCUAGCAUGGAGGAUCUGGUAUUAAUAGGGCCGCAGGGAGUGGGGAUGGAGUAAGUUACAGGCCAGAGGGCCAGCUCAGCUGGCAUUUCAGACAAGCAGCAUGGGGUGAGGAUAAUGCUAGUUGUCCCCAUUCAGAGGCUAGUGGUUUGCUCAUUCAGCAAUAACUGUGUCACACUAACUCCUAAAUAUACCACUACAAUGUGAGAAUACUGUUAUUCUGUGUCCUUCUUGAUGCUGUCCAGUUGUGGGGAUAGGUUGGGA